AUGGAGACUUGGAGAUGGUUGCAAGGUGAAAUUCUGGACUUAUAUUUUGGUCUUAAGAUUGCUUGGAAACUCAAUAUUCCUAGACUGAUUGUGGAAUCAGACUCUUCCCUAGUGGUAAAUCUGAUCCGAGGUCAUUGGGAGGAUACUCACCCUCUCCAUGGUUUACUUUCUGAGUACAGGAGUCUGUUAAAUGGGAAUUGGGAUUGCAGCCUUAAUCAUGUAUACAGAGAAUGUAAUUGUGCAGCUGAUAGGCUUGCCUAUUUGGGUCAUGGCUGGAAUCUGGGCUUGCAUGAGUUAGAGACCCCUCCUGAAGAUGUUUUGAUUAGUUUAGAAGAGGACAAGAUGGGCCUGGCUAGGCCAAGAAUGAUUGUUAGCUAG